UUAUAUAUAUUUUGAUAUAAAAUGUUUGACUUUUCGUGAGAAUUACAGUUGACAUCUAUCACAGCCCAUUUCGGUACACAAAGUGAUAUCCUAAUGGGCUUGUUCGGAAUACAUGAAUUGUUCAGAAUUUCACAUAAAUCAGUUUAAUUUCACAUGAAAAUAUUUGGAUUUAGAAGGAAAAAAAAUCUCUCGUGCUAAACCAGGCCUAAUUCUAGCUUCUCAGCCCUGUGGAACCUCAAGCCCAUACGGCCCACCAACUAGGGCCUUUUACAAACAUCCCAUCCCUCUUCGCCGGCGGGCACCAUGACCACCACCAUGGCCAUGGCCGCCGCCACCUCCGCGGCAGCAGCUGUCUCCACGUCGCAUCCGUAUCCUCUCCUCCAACCCACCUCCAAUCGCACCUUCGUUUCCUUCCCGCGGCGACAGCUUCCAGCUACCUCCCUCUCCCUUGCCCUGCCCUUGCCCUCCCAGCUGUCGUUGCGGGGCUUGCCGCUGGCGCCGGCGCCGGCGGCAAACCCGAAGUACCACAACGCGAAGGUGGACGCGGGAGACGAGGACGUGGCCGGUGAGGAGCUCCUGCGGCGGUUCAAUUGGCAGGUGUCCCGCGCGGGCGUCACGGAAGAGGUCAGGCGGCGGCGCAGGCACGAGGACGCCCGGGACAAGCGCAAGCGCAAGGCUCGGUCGGCGGCGCGGCGGUACCGCCGGAGAGAGACGAGCUAUACAGCACAGCAACAGAAAGCGCAAUGUGUUCCCUCUGGAAGCAACGCAGCAUCGGCUGUCUCUAGAGUCUAGAACUCUAGACCCACCGUCCCACCGAGUUGUUUUUAAAAAAUCUAGUUAAAGUUGAGAUUAAUUGAUUCCUUGUACUGCUACAUGAAGACUUAUUUCGGACGAAGGGAAUAUUAGUUUCAAAAUAAUUAUAUUUAUUUUUUUUAAAAAAACAUGUGUGGUUUUAUCUUGAAAGCUACUUGCAUAAUGUUGCAUUCUUUUUGCAAAGAAGGGGAAUUAUAUAAAAAUAUCGACAUGUACCUUUCCAAAUUACACGUGACAUAAUAAAGAUAAAAUAUUUGAUUCAGAUACUUCCAUCGACCUCUUUCUUAGUGGCUUAAUACUGAAGACAGAGUGAAAUCCUUAUGCCAGAUUCAACAAUCAGAUUGGACAUGUGACAAGAUCUAACAUUCUAGAACCAAUUCAAAACGCAUCUGAAGCAAUAAAAGAACAUCAGCAAUUAAAUGGUUGGGUACAGUAUAUCAUCACUUCCAACCCUUUGAUUUAUCUUGUUGCAUGUCUGAUUUUCUCUUUGCAACCAUCAACAAUGAGAUUGAUGACCUGGAGUUACUAUCCUCAUAAGAUUACAAGAAGCACCCUUCCCCGUAAAAUAAAUUGACCUUUUGCCGAUGAAAUUGACGUCUACAACAAUAAUGUUGCCAUACCCAUCCUUGAAGUCAUAGUAGGUAGCAAGCUCCUGACCAAAAUCAUCUGUUACAUGUAGAUUUAUUGACCAAAUCUAA